UAAUGGACAUUGGAUAAUAAUGUGCAUGUUUGGGUUCGGGGGCACAUAUUGGAGGCACUUUAUUAUCGUAGCAGAUGAUAGCUAGCACAUUGAUGGGAAGAUAUUAUUCGAAUAUACAAAACGAAGACAAAGUUACUUCGAAAGUUUAAUUCAACGUCAAAGAUAACUAUUUAAUUGUAAAUGUAACAACAAAAUCUAAAUUCCCAGCUAAUUAACCAUAUUACAUCAGUGCAACAUCACAAUCAAGUUUGAAGAAUAGAUUUGUGCUCUAAAGGUGUGAAAAUGAUUUCUGAUGAGUCCAGCAGUGAUUCAGAAACAGGUAGAUUUAAAUGUCAAAAACCAAAGGAUGAACAAUCUCAUCAAAGGGAAGAUCGAUACCGACCUACUGAAAGAAAUAGGAAUAUAGAAAACAGAUUUAACAGAGAAUAUGUUAAAAGAAGAGAGGAAGUUAGUCGAUUUGAUAGGAAAAUACGAGACAAAGAUAGACAUCGAAGUACACGAAUUUCACCUAAGAGAAGACAUUCUAAAGAGAGAAGCCCUCCACGAAGGCGGUUAGAUGACCCCCAUCCUAAGGAAGAGAGGAGCCCCUACAGAUCUCGUGAAAGAUAUAGACAUGACAGAAUCUCCAGACCUGAUUCUAAGCCCAGAGAUCAUAGAAGUAGUAGUAAAGACAGGAAGAGAAGCUCUAGAUCAAGAUCACAUAAAUUAAAUGAACGAAAGAGAGAUUUGAAAGAUGAAAUUAGGCAAGCCAUCACCCCUAAACCCAAUAAACUGGAAAAGCAAUCGAGAGAAAGCCUAUCCUUGUCUCCUAAUAUUAAAGGAAAACGUUCUGAAGUCUAUAAAGCUCCACCUACAUCUCUAAAAAGAAAAAGUGAUAGUCCUAUUAUAGUUGAAGACAAUGAUAGUGACAAAUCAACUGAAGUUCAACCUGGAUCCUACUAUAGUAUGAUACCAGCUAUAAUUAAAGACAAAACAGAAGAGUCCAGUGAAAUAGACUCCUCUGAUGACGAGAAACUGAGAGCCAAACUCUUAAAUUUAGAAAAGAAGCUGCAUAAAACAAAAAAAAGGAAACACAAAAAGAGACAUUCAAAAAAAAAUUCAAAAUCCCCAGAGCGAGAAUUAGAUAACCCAACAUUGGCAGAAGUUACAAGCACCACAGAUAUUCAAAAUAAAAUACAGACUGAAGAAUUCACACACCUUGAGGAAGUUGCCAUUGAGGUGACUUCUACUCAGAAAAGUACUAAAAAAGAGAGCAGUGAAGAAGGAGAAAUAUUUAGUGAAGAUUCUCAAGAAAUAGUGGACAUUGAUCCAAUGGAUUUAAGACACAAAUUGCUUUCACUCAAAAGUACAACACAGAAAAUGGAUGUGUGCGGACCAGCUCUCCCACCACAUUUGCAAGAUCGGUACAGUAGUAAAAAAUCUUCAGAAAAAGAAAAAACAGGAAUCCAGACGUCUACUAACAUGGGUCCUUCCAUUCCUGACGACAUGCGUAAAGUAUUAGCUACAAGAGAAGUCAUCAAAUAUGAAAGUUCCGAUGAGGAUUCCUGUGUUGGUCCUUUGCCAGUUGGUUCAGAACAGAAAUAUUCUGACGCCCACAAACGUCUGGAGGAGCGUGCUUUAGACAUGAAACUUAAACAGAUAGAAGGCCAUUCGGUAACUAAAAAAGUUAAACACCGUGAACAAUGGAUGUUGGAACUUCCUGAAGCCAAGGCUAAAUAUUUAGGAUUAGAAGCACGAAGCUUUAGAGCGAAACAAGGACCAGACAUGACUGAUAGGUCAAGUUGGACAGAUAACCCCGAGGAUAAAGCUAGAAAAGCAGCGGGUCAAGUUAAAGAAGAAGAUGCAGCGUCUGCGUUGCAACGCGAAGCUAAGUCCCGACAAAUAGAAACCAGGGACAAAGAACAGGAAGAUGCUGUGAAAAAACAUAAAAAGAAACACAAAAGGGAGGAAAGCUUACUAGAGCUACACCAGAAGAAGCUGAAGAAAAAGAAAAAGAAAGAGGAAAAAGAGGAUGACAAGAAAGAGCGCCGGCCGUUCAGUCGCGACGUCGACUUGCAGGUGAACCGAUUCGAUGAAGCACAAAAGCGUUCGAUCAUCAAGAAAGCUCAAGACUUGAACAAUAGAUUUUCGAAGGGCGAAGCUAAAUACUUAUAACGAUCGAAUGUUUUCAGCCGGCCAGGGUUGCGAGUUAUUUGUUUAAUAACUUGAAUUUUUUAGCUCCGACGCGGGUGACAAUUACGUUAUGCAGUUUCAUCCAAUUAUGUACGUAAUAUUUUAAGCAAGUUCUUAGGAACACAUUGAAUUGUUUUUUUUUAAAAAGAUAAAAAUAAAGAAUAAAAACUUAUUUUUGUCUAUUUAGUGUUUUAAGCGUUUUACCACUAGAUAUUGUGUGGUAGAAUAAACAUUUGAGAACGUUUGGUCACCGUCUCGAAUUAUCUACACGCGCAAAAUAAUAUGCAAUAGUAUAUACAACGAAGUCUUUACACAAUCAAAUAUUUCGUGUAAUGAAAUGUAAUUCGGAUAACGUCUAUGUGAAUAAAAAAGUAAUCAUUUGAUAUACAUUUUAUUGAAGUAAUGUUCGAAAUUAGUAACAGUGUAAUAAAUGCAAAUACA